GCCUCCCCGGCGGCGUGCGGGCCCUAUCCUGGGGCGAAGGUGUGCCGCCGAGGCCGGCGAGAGCGGAGGGCAUGGAGGCGAUCUGGCUGUACCAGUUCCGCCUGAUCGUCAUCGGGGACUCCACGGUGGGCAAAUCCUGCCUGAUCCGCCGCUUCACCGAGGGCCGCUUCGCCCAGGUCUCGGACCCCACCGUCGGGGUGGAUUUCUUCUCCCGCCUGGUGGAGAUCGAGCCGGGCAAGAGGAUCAAGCUGCAGAUCUGGGACACCGCCGGGCAGGAGAGGUUCAGAUCCAUCACCCGAGCCUACUACAGGAACUCAGUCGGUGGCCUGCUGCUCUUUGACAUUACAAACCGCAGGUCCUUCCAGAAUGUUCACGAAUGGCUAGAGGAGACCAAAGCGCACGUCCAGCCUUACCAGAUCGUCUUUGUCUUAGUCGGCCACAAAUGUGACCUCGACACACAGCGCCAGGUCACCCGGCACGAGGCGGAGAAGCUGGCCCUCGCUUACGGCAUGAGGUACAUUGAAACCUCUGCCCGGGAUGCCAUUAACGUGGAGAAAGCCUUCACCGACCUGACUCGAGACAUAUAUGAGCUGGUGAAAAGAGGGGAAAUUACCAUCCAGGAAGGCUGGGAAGGGGUCAAGAGUGGAUUUGUCCCAAAUGUAGUGCAUUCCUCUGAAGAGGUGGUGAAAUCAGAUAGGAGGUGCCUGUGUUAAUCAAUGGCUUAAGUCAAAGGAAGGCAUAAUUAAUGAUAAACUUUACUAACCAAAACAUACCCUGCUAUAUGAACUCGGUGUGGUGGAAUAAAAAAGGCGGUGGUAGGAUGAUGAGCACCCAUACCUGGUGCUUUGGAGCUCUGAAGAAUGAAAACCCAAAGGGCUGUGGAACCUGUUAUGUAGGAAUGAACCCAGAUGCAUGCUUAAGACAGGUUAAGGCAGAAAGAGAUCCAGUAAGGGGUAGUCCAUAUCAGAGAACUUGACGAGACCUAUUUUAAAUAAAUUUGUCAUUUCGUGCUUUGGGCUGAAGACAAAGCCCAGAAGGGAAACACAAAGCAUAUUGAGAUAGAGAAGACAACAAAAUAUUGGCUUCUAUCAAAAUAUAUUUUAGAAAAAUGUAAAGUGUAACGUGGUCACUCAUGAUAAGUUGUUGGUUAUUAUGGAAAGGAAAAAAAUAUAUACAGGAAGGUGUCUAUCCUUAUAUUUUGCUUGCUAGAGUAUAAACUAAUUGCUUUAAGAGGAAAGGCUAAAGUGUUCCUUUCUGAGGUCUAUUAAAAUGCAGCCCAAUAAAUCCUUCUCAGGCAAAAUUCAGAUUGCCACCAAGUCCAUUGCUGGCUUCAAUACCGCCAAAUUUUACAGAGCAACCACGACCGUAGUGGUGUCGAUCCGGAAAAGGCCACCAGAUUCGGAGUUUGGCCAUAAAAUCUCAGCCAUGUGCCGUGCAGUUCUUUGUAGAAGAGUUCUUGCUUUAAUGGAGAUGAGGGGGAACCAACAUCCAAUGAUUUCUGGGGUGGUUUAAAGUAAUUUUGAAAUGUGGAUGUUACCACAAACGAGGCUGGGAGGGGAGGGAACAAAGCAUCACACCCUGUUUUCUCGAAGGUAGAGAUGUUUCUUUGUUUUUUUAAAAAAGAGUGACCUCAAGAGGAUCCUUUGAAGGAGACACGGCAAUCUGAAAAGCAAGCUCUGGGCCUGUGACAUUCCUUUUUUGCUGACAGCCAAGGAGAAGUGCAGCCGCAGAAGAGGGUGUAUGAUAAGAGAAAGCGACAGAAAAGCGUGGGAGAGGGGCCGGCUGGCUGAUUAGGAUUAGGGUCGUGGGACAGGAUACAGAAUGGGACUUACAUAUAUUUAAGGAAAGGUGUCUUUUUUCGUAGGAUAGCUAUUAGCCAUCCGCCUUUAGCUUUCAGGGCGCAAGUUGUACAAAGAAGACAAGAUGAAGGAGACAGGUACUUCCAGCACCUGGGGAGAAAUCAAGACAUUCGCUUGAUGUGCAGCGACAUUCGUGGGCACAAAGAACGUACACUGUAUGUGUGGAAUGGGCAAGAGAAGGAUUACAAAGGACUAAAUUUGUCACCUGGAAGCAGGAAAGAAAGGAAGGAGCUACUGUAUCAUUCAGAGGUUAACAUUGUAUAGAUUUUUUUGUGGGUUUUUCUGUGA